AUGCAUCUGCUUUCUCGACGCGCGCUCUACUCUGCAGCCCUAUCCCUCCUUGUCGAGGAGAUCCCUUCGUCAAGCACAGCCUUUAGCGGCCCAAAAUUAUUUAUCAUGUCCGGCGACGACACUUCUUACGCUCCCAAGUCCCCCGACUUCUCUUCUUUCCUUACUUCUGGUCCCACCGACCAAGCACCACCUCUCGAUCUCGGACCUUCGAGUCACGGCCACCAUCUCGAGCCUCCGUCCUUGGCGUACGGCUCUUCCUAUAACGCUUCCUCGCGGUAUAGCCAGGACUACAACUUCUCCACCGACGCGUACCAACCGCCGGGCCUUGCCCAGCAAAACUCGUUUUCGCAGACAUUGGCUAGCCACCUGCCGUACGACCAACAGCCUCACCUGCAAGACCCCGGCCAGUUUCCCGCGCCGACAAGUUUUGCCGACCCCUACCCUCAGAGCUUCCAGCAGUCGCCCGCUACCGAGCCAGAAGCAAAAAUGCCUCCACGCAAGGCGGCCAAGGAGCCUUCGCCGCCGGAACCCCCCAUAAUUGACUCGUCCAUGGUCAAGACCAAGUUCCCGACGGCGCGGAUCAAGCGAAUCAUGCAAGCGGACGAAGAAGUCGGCAAGGUCGCACAGCAGACGCCCAUCGCCGUCGGCAAGGCUCUUGAACUGUUCAUGAUUCAGCUCGUGUCCAAGAGCGCGGACGUUGCCAAAGACAAGGGCUCUAAGCGCGUCACCGCCGCUAUGCUCAAGCAAGUAGUCGAAUCGGACGAACAGUGGGAUUUCCUGCGCGACAUCGUGAGCCGCGUCGAGAACGACAAGGAAGGCCCUAAAAAGGAACCCAAACCAAAGGCAGAAAGCGACGACACGGAAGACGAGCAGCCCAAGAAGAGACGAGGCGAGCGCGGCGCUGGUCGAAAAAAGAAGGCGCCUUAG